AUCUCGCCUGCGAUCACCUGCUUACCCAUAUUACCUUACACUCGUUCCAUUUGCUGUUUGUCGAAUCUCCGGGUCCUAUCGAUCUUAAGCAAUUGUCGGGGAAGCCUCACGCGCAGGGCCAAGUCCGUCCGAAGGAUCUUCAGCCUAUGCACGCAAUCACAAAACGCACGAGUAUUCCCGGCACUUGAAGUAAGGUUCAAACAAGUCGAAUCCGGCAUUCAAAAUGAACGAGUCACUCACUCUAUUGUCUCCUCCCACCUCGGGAUGAAUUCUAUCGGACCUUGACAAACUACCUACCUAGCAAGAUGGCUCGCCUAUCCACAAUUUUCGCCACGGCGUUGGCACUAGGUCACCACGCUGCUUUGGCAUAUCCUCGCAGCCUUGCUGCUUCCAAAAUACUUCUGAAUGGUCGCGAUGUUGAAAAGGAGUACGACUACAUCGUUGUUGGGGGAGGCACGGCUGGUCUCACGGUGGCUGAUCGACUAACUGAGGAUGGCAAGGCAACGGUGCUUGUCGUCGAAUAUGGACAGCUUAGCAACUCUCCUUCCAUCACAACCGUGCAGGGUGGGUUCAUGGGCAUGUCCGACACCACACUUCUCUAUGACAUUAGCUCGGUACCGCAGACCAACUUACGCAACAGGACCAUCGCCGUACUUGCCGGGAAGGUUGUGGGCGGAAGCUCCGCGGUGAACGCCAUGAUGACAGUCAGAGGCACAGCCGAGGAUUACGACCGCUGGGGCAGCUUCUUCGGCAGCAAGUCCCACUGGAGCUGGCAGAACCUCCUCCCUUACUUUCAGCGGGCCUUGAACUUCGCCCCCCCAGACGAUGCCGUCACCAAGUCCGCCAAUAUCACGUACGACAAGAGCUUCUGGGGCAAUACUUCGGGCGUGUAUGCCGGAUGGCCCUCCUUCCAGUAUCCCGGCACAAGCGCCCAGGUGGACGCCUUCAAGGGUAUUCCAGGGGUGACGUUUGUCAAUGAUAGCGGAUCUGGAAAGCCCGGGGUCUACUGGUACCCGACAUUCAUGGACCCCAAGCUGGUGCAAAGGUCGUACGCCAGGACCGGCCACCAUGACAAAGCCGCAAACAGGACGAACUACCACUUGGUAACCGGAUCCAAAGUGAACAGGAUCAUUCUUAACGGCAAUACAGCAACGGGCAUCACGUUUGUGCCGGUUGGCUCCACUACAGGGUCAGCAACGAACAGGAGCACCGUCGUCGGUGCUAGGAAGGAGGUAAUUCUCGCGGCCGGCGGCAUCCACAGCCCACAGAUCCUCCAGCUAAGCGGCAUCGGACCGCGCAAGCUACUGAGCUCGGCCAACAUCACGACGGUCGUCGACCUCCCGGGUGUGGGCCAGAAUUUCCAGGACCACCCGAUGCUCACGGCUUCGUACGUGUACCGCAAUUUCACCAUCCACCCCUCGCCCGAAGAUCUCUUUCUCAACGCGUCCUUCUCCGCCUGGGCUUCCGCCGUGUGGUCAGCCAACCGCACAGGCCCCAACUCGAUCGCAACCGGCAACGCAGCGGCCUGGCUCCCCUUCCCCGUGAUCUCCCCGCGCUCCUCGUCCAUCUCUUCCAUGCUAUCCAGCCAGAACCACUCCGCCUACCUGCCCCCGGACACCGACCCGACCGUCCUCGCGGGCUACCGCGCCCAGAUGCUCUCGUACGCCACUGCCCUGCGCAACAACAACAGCGCCUUCGGCAACCUCAUCAUCACCGGCGGCGCGGCCAGCGGCGCCAUCGUCGACCUGCACCCGCUCAGCCGCGGCACCGUCACCAUCAACCGGUCGUCCCCGCACGACACCGAACCGCUCGUCGACUACCGCGCGCUGAGCAAUCCGCUCGACGGAGCCGUCAUGACCGACAUCCUGCGCUUCGCGCGCCGGUACCACCUGGAGAACCCGCUCACGGCCGCGUGGGACGCCACCGAGUUCGCUCCGGGACUGGAGGUCGCCACCGAUGAGCAGUUCGGGGAGUAUCUUGCGGAGAGUGUCAGCCCGAGUGAGUUCCACCCCGCGGGCACGUGCGCUAUGCUGCCGCGGGAGCUGGGCGGGGUGGUGGAUGAGGAGUUGAGGGUGUAUGGCGUGCGAGGGUUGAGGGUUGUCGAUGCCAGUAUCAUGCCCACUCUUCCCGGGGGCAAUACGUGUCAGACUGUGUAUGCGGUUGCGGAGAAGGCGGCGGAUCUGAUCCGAUACGGGCGGCCGGGAGAUUCUGGACAGUAAGGAGGGGAGGGGGGUUGGCAGGUGCUAGCCACUGCGGCGGGCUGUGUGGUAUUUUCUUAGUACCUAGGACUGUGUUGAACCGUAUACUAGUAUACCUUGUCUCACACGACUACGCUAUCGACCGUGCGAGGACUUGGGGGAAGGAGGGCGUCAUGCAACAGCGAUUUCGAUAUCCUCUGCGUCUCUUCGAGCCGUACGAGGGCGUCGUCGCAAGUGGCGUCGCCUCUGGCCUGGUCUUGCCGAUUCUCGCUAUUCGUUCUAGUGACUGCCGCCUCUUCCUAAGUCCGUAGUGCUCUGCCUGGCACUAUCCGUCUCUUGCGGUGGAUCUAUAGGGGUCGCCCUCCGUGGCGAUCUGCCCUGCUGCGAUCCGUCGUCUACGCUUCCCAGCUUGUUGGUCGGAUACAGCCU